AUGGGGUUCGAAAUCAAGACGCGCUCAGACUUCGACCGGUACAUCAAGGACUUCAACACCCAGAACAUUGAACUGUAUUCCCAGUGGUAUGGCGACGAAGUCUGCAUGAUCAUUCCAGGUAAAAAAUUGGAUGUGGUGGGCAAAGGGCCAGUCACUGGCUUCUUUGUCGAGGGAAGGAAACACGUGAACGAACACAUCUAUCCCAACCACGUGGUUCUGGACGAAGGUGGUCUUGCAGCCCACGUGACCAUUUAUUUUGUGCCGAAACACGACUGGCCUGCUAGCGAAGAAUUCCCCGCUGCCAAGCUAGGCCAGGCUAUCAACGCGCAGUACAUCGUAUUCUACCUCUUAGAUGAGACUAAGCGAAUUGGAAAGUUCUGGGCUGUCGAGGCUGGGACUAAAUCAGUGGUUGAUGCUUGGGACGAGAUCCGAUAUACCCCCAAUAACUAG